AGGAAGCGUUGAAAACCAUGUAUGAAUGGUUGCGUGUUAUUAAACUUGCGUUUUAUACGAGACGAGUGGGUGAGUGUUUGUGUAAUGGUUACUGUGGCAGACGCUGUAGGGCUGGUGCUGCUGAGCGCUCCCGGGGCCGGUCUGCGCCAUCGGUGCGAGAUGGCUGUAACGCAUCAGCUGGAGCUGUUCCCUGACUGCAGCGUGACUCUCCUCCUCUUCAACCACGUGAAAAAUGCCGCUGCUCUAAGGAAAAAAGCCAUGGAAGGAUCCAUUGAAGGAGCCUUAAUAAACCCUGCAAUGAUCAUAGAUCCUUUUCAGAUUCUUGUGGCGGCCAACAAAGCAGUUCAUCUACACAAGAUAGGUAGAAUGAAGACCAGAUCUCUCUAUGCAGAAAUUAUUUUCAGCCUUUCACCAAACAACAAUAUUUCAGAUGCAUUUAAAAAGUUUGGUAUUUCAGACAGUGACACAGCAGUGCUCAUAGUUCUGGUUGUGGACAGAGAAACUGUAAAUCUGGAAGAUACAGCAUCUCAGGUAGAAGGCCAGCAGGUUUCUCUAGAUGAACUUCCCCAGCUAACAGACACUGCCAAAAUUAAAAAGAUGUACAAAGUCACUCCGCAGGAAGAAAAAAUCGGCACUUUAUUGGAUAGUAUUGUUUGCAGAAUGUCAACAAAAGAUGUUUUAUGAAAAUGUGGAAAUAAAUUGUUUUUUAAAGGAAAAAGGGGCUUUUUAAGACGUAAAAACACUUCAUUGCAAUUCAUCCUGCAUUUCAGAGAAAGUGGUGUAGUACUGAGUAGUUUGAUGACAUCUGAGCUUUAACCGUAAAAGAGCAAGCUUGGAUAUGGGAGUAAUCUGAGCUGUGUUCUGAGCACAGAGAGCAGUUCUGCAGUGCAAAGCAGAAUUUGCCAUUGGCAUUUCUGUCCAUUUUCUUAAUAAGAGAAAAAAAUCACUUUUGCCAGUACCUUAAGUUGAUCAUAAACAGAAGCUUGGAAAUCUGUACUUACUUUUCUCUUUCAUCAAAUGUUUUGCUAGUCCCAGAUAGGAUUCAAACAUCGUAAAUCAUUUUUAUUAACCUUCCCCUGAUGUGUUUUGUUUUGGCACCUCUGAUGGAUGACACCCUUUUAAUGAUACUACUGCCGGAAAAGGCGUCUCUAUGGCACGAAGUGUUGCUGAUGGACUAGAAAAAGGAAAGUUUCCGUAAACUAUCAGCAGCACCUCCCUCUUUCUGCUAAUGGGAUAGCAUCACUGCCCACCCUUUGGGAACAGAAAGGGGUGGGAGGGGCACCAUGGCAGCCCGUGGUGGGGGCAGUGUGGAGCAGGGGCAUGGGCGAUGUGUGGAACAGUGAAUGAGGUCGGUAUGGAUGAUGCUGUGGUGGUGGUAGCAGCUGGCAAUCUGAUGUCAUCAGAUGCAGCGUACUGCUGAGGUACUGGUGUGUUGCUGUGGUACGUUAGUGUUGGCGUUAAAGGAUAAUGAGAGGUGCUUUUGCUUUAUAAGACUAAAUUAUGCAUGGUGAUGCUGACUUCUAGGGCCUGGUUCCAGAUGCAGAAUUCACAGAGAAAUUUGCACCAUAGAUUUAUUAACUUAAAUUGUCGAUACAACUUACAUAGCAUUCUGAAAGGAUCACUGAACUCGUUUUGUUGAACCAGUGUUAGGAAAGGCCAUGAAAGGGAACUAAAAAGAAUAUUGAUUUCCAAUAGUUACCAGGUCCAACAGCCCUGCGUGAGUAUCACACAUGCAGGCUUCCUGUUUAAGAAAAAUUACUGUCCUAAUUAGGUAGAAAUCCAGACUGUUUGUUAUUGUUAUGCUGUAUUGUUUUUCUGGGACAUGUAUAAAACUGUAUAUCUGUCUGCA